UCCCCAGAGCUCCCGAAGCUUAACCGUGAUUUUGCUUUACACACCUUGACGAUAUAUAAUAUCUUCAUGAACCGGUUGCAUGACCCUAGCCCAACCUGGGCAACCUGAGGCCGGAAAGCUCAACACCAGAACUGACUAUGCUUUGCGCCGAUUGCUCUCCAACGAUAGCAAUAGGUUUAUAUAAGUUUAUUGUCAGCAACAGGGUUUUGUGCGUGACGCCCGAAGCUCUAGAGAGCUUCUACUACUACAUUUUAGAGGCGCUUUUGCCCUGCGCACGCGCCACAGGCGCACAGGGCAGGAGCUUGAUUAUCAACAACUAUUGCGACUGCCCAAUUGCGCAACGCUGGGCGAGCGGCGUUCUCGCGUUUUCAUGGGAUUGCCAAAAUUCUGUUUGUUGCUCGCGGCUCUGCUUGGAUUCACGAAUCUGCGGGUAGCCAUAUCUGCAGAUGAGCUCGUGUUUCGCAUCGGCGCGAGCGUAGGAAAAGAUGGUCCAUGUGAGCAGCUGUAUGAGCAGACCGCUGCCGGCUACAAGUACUUCUACUCGUGGCUGGCGUCCCAGGCGCCACGCACUGUCCAGGAUGCGGCUAAGCGAACCUGGUCGCUUCGCUUCGCCUUCCAGCUUGUGUCCCACGACUGCACGGAGGCGGGCCGCGAGGCGGCGCUGGCAUCCCUAAUCAAUGGGACCAGCACGGAGCCAGGCGUGCACCUGCUACUGGGCGGGAACGGCAUCAACGCGCAGGAGGAUGCACUGCAGGCGGACGCCGCGUCGCGCGUGCUGCUGCACUGCUGCACAGCACGUGACUCAGUCUACACGCUGGACCUGCCGCACGUGUACGGCCUGUUCACGCCCGCCUCCCAGUACACGGAGGCCGUACUGCGCGCCAUGGCCUUCUCAGGCAUCCGCCGCGUAGCGGUCGCCAUGGUGUCUGACAACAUGCUGCACAGGCAGCUGUGCGGCGGCGCGCUGCGGGAGCUGCCAGGGCUGGCGGAGCUGCGGCCCAGCUUCGAGGGCGCGGCGGUGGCGUUCCUUAACUACACGGAGGCAGAGGCGGAGGCCGGCGGGCCCGGCUUCUGGGACCGCGCCGCGGCGCAGAUUGCGGCUGCGAAGCCGGACGCGUUGCUGGUGUGUGACGAGGUGCCUCGCGCCAGCCAGCUCAUGAACCGGCUGACGAACCAGGAGCACGUGCGGCUGUCGGCAUUGUGGAUGGCGUCGUACGGCAACUCGUCCGACUUCGUGACGCAGCUGGACAAUGGUGGCGAGUACGCGCUGACCACUGUGCAGUGGGCGCCCAACCUGCCGUAUGCCGACCCGCUCUUUGGUACGGCACUCCAGUUCGCCAACAGUUUCACGUCAGCCACGGGUACGGCGCCGUCGUACUUUGCAGCUGCAGCCGCCGCCGCUGGCUAUGUGGUCAUGACGGCGCUCAGUCGUACCAUCGCCAUGUGUGACGUCAGCACCGCCAACGGCCCCAGCAACAUGACGUGGAGUGGGAGCCACAGUGACAUGGCGGACUUGCUCAUGUGGCGCGAGGGCGCGCUGAUGUGCCGCGACCCCACGCGGCCCAAUGCCAGCAUGCUGCGGCGGGUGCUGAACGGGCAGACUCUGCUGCGCUACACGCUCAACACGCUGCAGAUGGACACGUUCUUUGGCCCCGUGGGCUUCAACUCAUACCGGCAGAACUACAUCCACCCCGCGGUGGUGUCGCAGGUCCUGGACGGCAGGCUGCGAGGCGUGAUCCCGCUGGAUGUGGCGGAGGCGCGCCUGGUGCUGCCCAUCCCGCCGCCGCCCGCCGCGCCGCCGCCCGCCUGGCCCACCACCACCGCCGGCACCACCAUCAUCACACUGGCGUGCUGCCUGGCGGCGCUGCUGUGCUGCGUGGGAGCGGUGGUGCUUCGCCACUGGCUGCGGGACCCGCGGCCCACACUGGCCACGGCAGUGGCAAUCGACCCGUCCGAAAUCCAUGUUGACGUGCACCCGCUUCGCAAGCUGGACGGCACGUUUGAGCCCGGCGAGGGCACCUACCGCGGCGCGCGCGUCAAGCUGGUCGUGGCGGUGGAGCUCAUGGCACCCGCCGUGCCGCCGCGCCCCCCGGCCGCAGCCUCCACGGCUGCAGCGACCGGGCCGUCGACUGUAGCAAGCCCCAUGUUUGCCGCCAUGUCCACGGGCCUCAACCUCGGCGGCGGCGGCGGCGGUGGCGGGUACGGCGGCAGCAGUACGGGCAUGGUACUGCCGUACGGGCACUGGAACGGCAUGAGUGGCAGCGCCUCGGCCAAUGGCUACAUGCCGCCGGGUAACGGGCUGGCGGCCGCACGUGCCGUCAGCUCCGGCGGGGGCAGCAGCAGCGGGGCUUCGCCGGUCCCCACCGUAAUAAGCGCCCUCUCCGCGGCACCGGGGCGUGUUACUGUGGCGGCGCCGCCGUUUCGGCCGGCAACGCCCCUGUCUAACCGUGCGUCGGGGUUGGGGAUGGCGACGGGCGCGCCGCAGCCGCCCUCGCCGCCCUCGGGCACUCGCAGCCACCUUCUCAGCAGCGCGGUAGCGGCAGCGAUGGCUGCGGCAGGUGCUAGCAGCGUCGGUGGCGGCAGCGCGCAAACAUUGACGCGGCAGUUGAGCGAGAUGGAGAUGAGUGUCGCUAGCGGCGAUGGGCCAGUGCCGCCUGCUGCUGCGGCAGCGGCGUCGGGGGACGAAGCAGAGGCUACAAUUGCAGCAUGCAACAAGCUGCUUGUCGGCCGAAGCUCGCCGAUUGGCAUCCCUCGGCCGCUGCCGUCUCCCACAACGACGGCGCCGCUGCCCGCAACUUCGCCGAACCCGUCGCCGCUGCUGCGACUGGACGACGCCGCAGACGGUGUCCUGCCGACAUCGCCCUUUGGCCGUUUGCCACCGGGCUCUCAUGGCGGACUGGGCAGCAUCCUCACCGGGGCGUCUCCGCGCAUGCACGGCCCCUCAAACGCCACCAUCCCUGACUCAGCCACGGCCAUGGCCGCUACGGCACGCAGCAGCAACAACGGCUUCGGAAAGAAACCCAGCGGCCACAUGGAGCAAACCCUGCAACAGGACCAGGCUUCGUUCUUUGAUCUGGAUCGGGCGUCGAACCGCGGCUUUGGGCUCAGCGGCUCGGCUGCGGCAGGUGGCGGUGGUGGCGGCUCGGUGACGGGGGGCGGCGGGUGGACUGUGACACGCAAGCUGCGAAAGCACGUGUCUUCACUGCUGUGGCGCGCGUUCCGGCUGCAACACCCGGCCAUGUGCCCCAUCCUAGGCAUUGUAUGGGAGUGGCCUCUGAACGGACCGGGCACGUCCAACGGCGCGGGCGGCACAGCCAACGGUGCGCUGAGCCGCAUCCCGGAGACCUCCGUGUCAAAGGGCAUUGCGUCCCCGUUCAGGACAGCCAACAGCAGCGCUGGGGCAGGGCUGGCCGGCACAGGCGGCGCAGGCAGCGGUGGAGCCGCCGCCACCAGCGGCAGCCUAACGGUACCGGUUAUUGUACGGCAGUGGUACGAGCUCGGCGACCUGUCGCUACUGCUGGAGAACAGCACAGUGCCGCUGCCGCUGCUCACCAAGUCAAACAUCGUGCGCGGCAUCGCGGAGGCAGUCACAUACCUCCAUGCGCAGGAACCACCCAUUGUGGUGGGCCCACUCCAUGCCUCGCGCGUGCUCCUGGACCGCAACUUCCACCCGCACCUGUUCCUGCGCCUUUCGAGUUUGGACCCAACCUAUGGCUCGCAGCCGCACCAACAGCGCCUGAUGCAGGCGCACCAACAGCAGCUGCAGACUAUGGAGGCGGCGCAGACGCACACCCAGCAACAGCAAUCGCAGCAACAGCGCCAGCAGCAGUACCAACAGCAGCAGCAGCUGUCACAGCAGCUGUCACAGGCACACAGCCUGGCCUCACCGCAUGCCGCCAGCAACAGCGGGCAUGGCAGCACGGCCAGACGCACGCUCAUGGGUAUUAAACUGGCUGCCGUGACUGGGGGCUUCAAGCGGGUGACGGCUGGGACGGAGGACGUGACGUCUUCCGGGUCGCCACUGCCGCAGCCGCCCACGCCCGUCUUGCAGACAGAGAGCCACCUCCAAAACCAGUUGCUGCUCCUCCCGCAGCAGCAAGCACAGCAGCAGCGACUGGCGCUGCGCAGCUUCGCAUUCGACCCGGCUGUAGCAACCGCCGCUGCGGCCGCCGCCACGGCCUCACUAGCCGCGCCAGCCGCCAUGCCGUUGCCUCCCACACCUCCCACACCUUCCACAAAAUCGGUAGCUCCUCUUCUGUUUGACGGCGCGGCGGCGCCACCGGGGCCGGCGCGGGACAGCGCUCUCAUGCUCACGUCGGCUGCGGCCGUCAGCGAGGCAGGGCUGCAGCCGACGGAUUCCGGCGAGGUGCAUCUGACCAUGCCAAGCAUCAUGGCUCCCUCCUGCCCUCAGCGCCAAUUGGUGGUGGUGGACACCACAGACACCGGGGCCCUGCCGCUGGGCGCCGGUGUGGCCGACGGCGCCGGCUUAGGUGCGGGUGCAGCCAUAGGCAUGGCGGUCGCGAGCGGGCUCGCCUCCGCGCCCACGGGCUGCGCUGCGGGUGUGCCUGGCAGCGGUACGCGGCCGUUUGGGCUGUCGGGCAUUGUGACGGGCGUGAGCGGGCGGCUCAUGCUGCCGAGCCGCGUGGCACCGUCAGCCGGCGUAGGCGGAGACAACAGCGGCACCCACACAGUAGCGCACACGCCAACGCUCGCCGGCGCGCCGGCGGCGGCGGGCACGCCGCCGCCGCCAAUGCACGUGCCGCCGCCACCGUACAUUCCUAGCUGCGCUCAGGACGUGUACGAGUUCGGACAGCUGUUGUGCCGCAUCUUUGUCGUGCACACGGACACGCCGGACACGUCUCGUGACCAGCUGCUGCGCAUCUCGGCGGCCUUCGACCGAGACUCCCUGUCUGACGGCGCGGUCGGCCGCGGCGAUGCCGGUGGGGGUGGAGCAGGAGGAGGAGGCGGUACUGGUCACGGCGCAGGUGGUGCUCUGCCGCUAGCCUUUGGGUCAGGCUCAGGCGGCCGAAACCGGUCCGGCGCUCCUCCACCCAGCGGCGCCGCCCCGACGGUGCCCGCCCGGUCGCCAUUCAACCCAUCCGGCCGAGCGCCCGCCGGCUCAGGCCGCGCGUCUCCUGCCGCUCUCCCGACGGAGCCGCCACUUACCCAGCAGCAGCUGCAGCAGCUGCUACCAGUCGCGAGCACUAGCAUUGGCGACAACAACAACCUUAGCCGUGCGAGCAGCGGCCUGAGCAACAUGGGCCUGCAGCUCGCAACCGGCAGUCGUGGCGGCGGCAUCACCACAGCCACGGCUGCGAGUCCCUUUCCCCUGCAGCAGCAAGCCACGCAAGCCAUCAGCGUCGACAGCCCCGAAUCCAUUGAUGAGGUGCUGGAGGCGCUGUAUGAGGUGUGCCCGGAGCUGUCGGAGCUGGCGGGAAGCUGCAUGCACCCCGACCCGGCGCAGCGGCCCAGCUUCCCGCAGGUGCUGUUCACAUUUGAGAACAUAGUCCGGCCCGCGCUGCUGUCGGGCACGCUGGGCAUCAGCGGUCUUGAGGGCAUGGGCCCCGACAGCGCCGGCGGAUGGGGCGACGAUGACGGCGGCUGCAGCAGUCCGCUGACGCAGCCGCACCACGCACACACCACGCACCACGCGCAUGCGUCCUCCGCCACGCGCAGUAUGGCGCAGGCGCUGGGAUUGAGCAUGGCGGAGGGUGGUGCAGCCGGCGGCGGAGGAGGAGGUGACGUUUGCGGAGACAGCUCCGUCAGCGGCCGCACAACGAAUGACGGCGGCGUUGGCGGCACCCUCCCACGAUCCAGCGGCCCCCGGCGGGAUAGCUCCAACCACCACGGUGCGGCCGCGGGUGCUGGUGCCGGCAUGGGAGCGGGAGCGGGCGCGGCCGCUGCAGGCGGGGUUGGCCCCACUCGGCCCAAUCCGUUCUUCAGCAACAUCAGCCACGCGUUUCAGUCCGUUGCUAAGGGGCACAGCAAGCCGCCACCAAGCUCCUGCAGCGGCGCUGCCGCCCCGAUGAAUGCGUCCGCGCCCACAGCGCCCGGCGUGCAGGCCACUGGCGGCCUCAUGGCAGCCGCGCGGCAGCACCUGCGGCACCGGGGCUCGCAGCGAGCGGCCUCCAACCCGGCGGGCCCGGCCUCGCACGGCAACAUGGCGCUGCCUCCAGUGCCGCAGCUGACCGCGCCUGGAGAGGCGGGUGGCUUCGGAGCCACCGCCGGGCCGCCGCCUGCAGUGGCGGCGGUGGCUGCAGCCAGCAUGCUCGUGGGACGGUGUUCGGGCAGCUUUACGCAGCAGCCACAGCGGCACGUGCCGGCGCGCACGGGACUGCUAGGGGCGGGGCCGGACCUGGGUGUGGGGCGCAUGGGUCACGUGGCGGCUGCAGAUGACUUCCUGUUCGACUUCUUCCCGCCCAAGGUGGCUCGUUCGCUGCUCAUGGGCGAGACGCCGCAGCCGGAGCGCUUCGAGGUGGUGUCCAUCUACUUCUCUGAUGUUGUGGGCUACACCGACCUGUGUGCCCAGCUGCAGCCUUACGAGGUGAUGGACCUCAUGCACCGCCUGUACUCGCAGCUGGACGCCAUCAUCCAGGCCAUGGCGCUGUUCAAGGUGGAGACAGUGGGAGAUGCCUAUCUGGCCGUGUCUAACCUGCGCCUGCCGCAGCCCGACACACACGCCCGCCUGUUGGCGCAGUUUGCCUUUGAGGCCGUGCGCGCUGCCACCUCCACGCCUAUCCACCCCGAGCGGCCGGAGCUGGGAUGCGUCACCAUUCGUGUGGGGCUGCACUGCGGCCCAGUGGUGGGCAGUGUGGUGGGCAUGCUCAACCGGCGGUACUGCCUGUUUGGAGACUCCGUUAACACCGCGGCACGGAUGGAGCACAACUCGGAGCCCAACCGGGUGCACUGCAGCGGCGCCUUCGCGGGCCUCAUCGCUGAGCAGUGGCCGGGCGCGCGAGUGAUCAGCCGCGGCGUGCGCAACAUCAAGGGCAAGGGUCCCAUGGAGACCUUUUGGAUUGAGGAGCCGCCGGCUUCGUCGCAGGCACAGCAUGAGGAGCGCUCGGAGGCGCAGCAGGCGCAGCAGCUUGCGAAGCAGCCGCUUGUCGGGCGGACCGGGCGGUUGUCAAUGCACAUGCCACGAUCAUCCAUGCCGCGCUCUCGCUCCAACCAAGAGCUUGCCAAGAUGGAGAUGCUGCACCCACACGCGUCGAUGGUGGGAGCAGGCGGCGGCGGCACCGGAAGCGCAAGCAGGGAAGCGGCUGUGGCUCCAGGUUCACACACGAACGUGCGGCCGAACUCCGGGGGCCGCGGACUUUCGCUGGUGGCUACCUUGCGCAAGUCACGCGAGUGGCGCCGCGGCUCUGUGGACAAGGAAAGCCGAGGGUUCGCCUUUCCGUCCAGCAAGCCCUUGUUUCCGUAGCGUGCAUUUGAGGAUGGCAUACCGUGCGCAUGCAGUGCUGCAGGGCUGGGGGCAGAUGGGCUGCAGCCAACUGUUGCGGCUAUGCCGUUGAGGCUACUGGGAGAAUGAGAGGGGUGCGAGGAAGCCUUGAGUGUGUUCACUGGUGUGCAAGCCCGCCCAGCAUGUGCAAGGGCGAGGGUAUCGCACACAAGACGCAGCAGAGUGUAGUGCUGAGCGGAGAACUACCACACUGGCACGCCCACGGAUGUUGCGGAUGCUGGGCGGCAUUACAGAUGGUUGAGAGGGACUCCUGCAUUCACCUAGGUCUUAGCACUCGCAACGGUGAGCGACGGCGAGGUCCGCACACGCGCAUUGCGGCGUCUCAAUGCCUGGUCGCGGGAAGCGCGCUGGCGUAUCCUAGCUGCUGGCACGGCCCGCGCUGAGCUGGCUGCUUCCAGCUGGCAUGGGGAGAGCUUUUGAACAUAGGUUCGCAUGGGCAGUAUGAGCCGCCAUGCCGCAAUUGUCAUACGCGCGCAUAUUGUGGUUUACUAAUGCUGAGAAUGAAGGGGCUCGCGGCUAACUUGAUGUGUGGGAGCCGCAUCGGAGUGGAGCAAGAAAGGAGGAGUGUGGGCAAGAGAUUUUCAUCGAUGUCUCCGGAGUUCAAACCUCCUUGUCCGGCCUAUGUCCGGCCUACAUUGCACAUAAUCUUCACUACAUAUGCUGGGAUACCCGUUUUUGGCGGUCAUCUUUUCCGUAUAGGCUCUGCCGCGCUUUUAGGUUUUGGUAGCACCCAUUUUGCCGGAACAAAGACGUGAUGCAACCCCCAGGUUGAUUGAGCAUGGUCUGUACACGUAUUGGUUCCCUCAACCGCCAGGGCCGUUACCCCCCCCCCCCUUUUAGGCAUUUACUACCGCACGCCACAACGCCAAGGUUAUCACAAAGGAUAAAACUCGCUAUGACACCCCUGCCAUACGUUCUUGCUUGAGAGGGGUUUGAGGUUGCACUCGUGGCUUGUGUGCGUCCUACAGAACUUGGGGGCUGCAAACGUAUUGUGUGGACUUUUGCUCCUUUCGGAUUAGCCAGGCACUGUGCUGCGGGUACCAAUGUCGCGGGAGAGUCAGUGCAGGCGUUGGGCAUACGGUAGCAAAGCGCGCAGGGCCCAAGCACGUGCUUUUAGCCCGGCUACUUCAGAUGGUCAUUGCUGCGGCGGGCGUUGAGAUGGCGUGCGUGUGUGUCAUGGGUCCUCUUGGAUGGGUCCUGGAGUCGUCAGCUAAGGGCAGCUAGAAGUGAGGUAGACUGGUGCGUGGUCAACAGACUUAACGGUGCAAGUCAGUGCAUCUUUCAGCUGUUGUCAGGAGAGGCUGGAUGGAGAGCGGUAUGAUAUGCACGUGGCACGCCCUUGGGCUUGUGAGCAGAGGGGUUGCUCGCAUGCACAUUGCAGGUUCCUUGACAUCGUCAGCGGGUGCUUAUUGUAACCGAUGCAACAU